AUGCCUCCAAGAUGCUUUUCUUUGCUCUGGAGCCUGCCAUGAGGCAAUGGGGAGAUGUUUCUAGUGGAUCUUGUUCCUGGCCAUGGCUUUGUUACUAUCACAGAUCUUGGAGGUGGAGAAUAUCAGGUUGAUGUUUCGGAAGCUAUUUAUGGCACUGGUUACGAUGUAACGCUGUCUUCAAUUUCUGCUACAACAUACAGCUCACCUGUGAGUAGAACAGUGACGAUAAAUGUGACAAAACCAGGGCCUCCAGUCUUUCUAGCUGGGGAGAGAGUUGGAUCUGCUGGGAUUCUUCUUUCGUGGAAUACCCCACCUAACCCAAACGGAAGGAUCCUAUCUUAUGUUGUUAAAUAUAAGGAAGUGUGUCCGUGGAUGCAGACAGCAUACACCCGAGCAAGAGCAAAGCCAGACAGUCUGGAGGUUCUUCUUACUAACCUUAACCCUGGAACAACCUAUGAGAUUAAGGUUGCGGCUGAAAACAGUGCUGGCAUUGGAGUGUUUAGUGACCCAUUUCUUUUCCAAACUGCAGAAAGUGCUCCGGGUAAAGUGGUCAAUCUCACAGUUGAAGCCCUAAACUAUUCCGCAGUAAACUUGAUUUGGUAUUUGCCUCGGCAACCAAAUGGCAAAAUCACCGGCUUCAAGAUCAGUGUCAAACAUGCCAGAAGUGGCAUAGUAGUGAAGGAUGUCUCCAUCAAAGUAGAGGAUAUUCUGACUGGGAAAUUGCCUGAAUGUAAUGAGAACAGUGAAUCUUUUCUGUGGAGUACCACCAGUCCUUCUCCAACCCUUGGUAGAGUUACGCCUCCUCUUCGUACUACACAUUCAUCCAGCACGUUGGCACGGAAUAAAAUCAGCUCUGUGUGGAAAGAGCCUGUCAGUUUUGUGGUGACUCACUUGAGGCCAUAUACAACAUAUCUCUUUGAAGUUUCAGCUGUUACCACGGAAGCAGGGUAUAUUGACAGUACCAUUGUUAGGACACCAGAAUCAGUGCCUGAAGGACCACCACAAAACUGUAUAACAGGCAAUGUCACAGGAAAGGCCUUUACAAUUUCGUGGGACCCACCAACUAUUGUGACAGGGAAGUUUAGCUACAGAGUUGAAUUAUAUGGACCAUUAGGGCGGAUUUUGGAUAAUAGCACAAAAGACCUCAGAUUUGCAUUUACGCACCUGACACCAUUUACGAUGUAUGAUGUCUAUGUUGCGGCAGAAACCAGUGCAGGUGUUGGUCCCAAGUCAAAUCUUUCAGUAUUUACCCCUCCAGAUGUUCCAGGUGUAGUGUUUGAUCUACAAAUCACAGAAGUAGAAGCCACAGAAAUCAGAAUUACUUGGAGGAAACCCCGACAACCAAAUGGAAUCAUCAACCAAUACCGUGUGAAAGUGUCACUGGUGGAGACAGGUGUCAUUUUGGAAAAUACUCUGCUCACAGGACAAGAUGAGUAUAUAAACAACCCCAUGUCUCCAGAAAUGAUGAACCUGAUGGAACCAAUGAUAGGAUUUUAUGAGGGUUCAGCAGAGAUCUCUCCAGACCUGCACUCUCUGGCUUCAUUCAUUUAUAACAGCCACCCAUACAGUGACUUUCCCGGCCGGACUAGAGCCGAAGACCUGAGUUCACCAGUUGUAACCACCAAGAAUCAGUAUAUUACUGACAUCACUGCUGAACAGCUGUCUUACGUUAUCAGGCGGCUUGUACCAUUCACUGAGCACACGAUUAGCGUAUCUGCUUUCACCAUCAUGGGCGAAGGACCACCAACGGUUCUCACUGUUAGGACACGUGAGCAAGUGCCAAGCCCCAUCCAAAUUAUAAACUAUAAAAAUAUUAGUUCUUCAUCUAUUUUGCUAUAUUGGGAUCCUCCAGAAUAUCCCAAUGGGAAAAUCACUCACUAUACAAUCUAUGCAAUGGAGUUGGAUACACACAGAGCAUUCCAGAUGACUACUGUAGAUACCAGCUUUCUCAUCACAGGGUUGAAGAAAUAUACAAGAUAUAAAAUGAGAGUAGCUGCCUCAACUCUUGUUGGGGAAGGUUCUUUGUCAGAAGAAAAUGACAUCUUUGUGAGAACUCCAGAAGAUGAGCCAGAAUCAUCACCUCAAGAUGUCAAAGUAACUGAUGUGUCUCCAAGUGAAGUGAGCUUGAAAUGGUCCCCACCUGAGAAGCCUAACGGGAUUAUUAUUGCUUACGAGGUGCUUUACCAAAAUGCAGACACCUUGCUAAUAAAGAACACCUCAACAACAACCAUACUUUUAAGUGACCUAAAACCUUACACCCUCUAUAAUAUUUCUGUCCGGUCAUAUACUAGACUUGGCCAUGGCAAUCAGUCAUCCUCAUUCCUCUCUGUAAGGACUUCAGAGACUGUGCCUGAUAGUGCACCAGAAAAUAUUACUUACAAAAACAUUUCCUCGGGAGAGAUUGAGAUAUCCUUCCUUCCUCCAAGCAGUCCAAAUGGAAUCAUACAAAAGUACACAAUUUACCUCAAGAGAAGUAACGGCAAUGAGGCAAAAAUUAUAAACACGACCUCUCUGACUCAGAACAUUAGAGGCCUGAGGAAAUAUACCCAUUAUGUGAUCGAGGUGUCUGCUAGCACACUGAAAGGUGAAGGGGUUCGGAGUAUGCCGAUAAGCAUACUGACUGAAGAAGAUGCUCCUGAUUCUCCCCCUCAGAACUUCUCUGUGAAACAGUUGUCUGGUGUCACUGUGAUGUUGUCAUGGCAACCACCCUUGGAGCCAAAUGGAAUUAUCCUCUAUUACACAGUUUAUGUCUGGGAUAAAUCAUCAUUAAAAACUAUUAAUGCAACUGAAGCCUCACUGGAAUUGUCAGACUUGGACUAUAAUGUUGACUAUAGUGCCUAUGUAACAGCUAGUACCAGAUUUGGAGAUGGGAAAAGAAGAAGCAGUAUCAUUAACUUUCGAACACCAGAGGGAGCACCCAGCGACCCUCCCAAAGAUGUCCAUUAUGUGAAUCUCAGUUCUUCAUCAAUAAUUCUCUUUUGGACGCCUCCUGUAAAACCUAAUGGUAUCAUACAAUAUUAUUCUGUUUACUACCAGAAUACUUCAGGUACUUAUGUGCAGAAUUUUACCUUCCUGGAAGUAACUAAUGAGCCUGACAACGUGACAGUGUCUGUAAAAAUAUAUAGAUUAGCAAUAUUCAGCUACUAUACAUUCUGGUUAACAGCAAGCACUUCAGUUGGAGACGGGAAUAAAAGCAGUGACAUAAUUCAUGUAUACACGGACCAAGACAUACCCGAAGGGCUUGUUGGAAAUCUGACUUUUGAGUCCAUUUCAUCAACUGCAAUAAACGUGAGCUGGAUGCCACCAGCCCGACCAAAUGGCCUUGUCUUCUACUAUGUUUCACUGAAUUUACGGCAGAGUCCUCACGCCAUGAGACCGCCUCUGAUUACAUAUGAAAACAGCAUAUAUUUUGAUAAUCUGGAAAAAUAUACUGACUAUAUAUUUAAAAUUACACCGUCAACAGAAAAGGGAUUCUCUGAGACCUAUACUGCCUGGCUACAUGUCAAAACUGAAGAAGACGUUCCAGAAACUCCACCAAUAAUCAACACUUUUAAAAACCUUUCCUCUACCUCAAUUCUCUUAUCUUGGGAUCCCCCAUUAAAGCCAAAUGGUGUAAUACUAAGCUACCAUUUAACUUUACAAGGACCACAAGCAAACCAUUCUUUCAUCACUUCUGGGAACCAUAUAGUCCUGGAAGAACUCUCGCCAUUUACCUUAUAUAGUUUUUUUGCUGCUGCGAGAACUACGAAAGGACUUGGUCCUUCCAGUAUUCUUUUCUUUUACACAGAUGAAUCAGUGCCUUUAGCACCACCCCAGAAUUUGACUUUAAUCAACUACACUUCAGAUUUUGUAUGGCUGACAUGGAGUCCAAGUCCUCUUCCAGGCGGUAUUGUUAAAGUAUAUAGUUUUAAAAUUCAUGAGCAUGACACUGAUACUGUAUUUUAUAAGAAUAUUUCAGGUUUUCAGACUGAUGCCAAGCUUGUUGGACUGGAGCCUGUCAGCACCUACUCAAUCAGUGUGUCUGCAUUUACCAAAGUCGGAAAUGGCAAUCAGUUCAGUAAUGUAGUGAAAUUCACGACUCAAGAGUCUGUUCCAGAUGUUGUACAGAAUAUAGAGUGUAUGGCACGUAACUGGCAGUCAGUAUUAGUGAUGUGGAAUCCACCCAGGAAAGCAAAUGGGAUAAUUAUCCACUAUAUGAUAACAUUUGAAGGAAAUUCUACAAAAGUUUCUCCCCAAGACCACAUGUAUACUUUCACCAAACUUCUUGCCAAUACAUCGUACAUCUUUGAAGUAAGAGCAUCAACCUCAGCUGGUGAAGGCAAGGAAGGCAUGUGUAAUGUCAGCACAUUCCCUGAGACAGUUCCCAGUGUUCCCACAAAUAUAGCUAUUUCUAAUGUUCAGUCAACUAGUGCAACACUAACAUGGAUAAAACCUGAUAGUAUCCUUGGAUAUUUCCAAAAUUACAAGAUAACCACUCAACUGCGUGCUCAGAAGUGCAGAGGAUGGGAAUCUGAAGAAUGUGUUGAACAUCAAAAAGUUCAAUUCAUCUAUGAAGCAAACUUAACAGAAGAAACAGUGUAUGGAUUAAAGAAAUAUAGAUGGUAUAGAUUUCAAGUGGCUGCCAGCACCAAUGCUGGGUAUGGCAACGCUUCUAAUUGGAUUUCUACACAAACGCUGCCUGGUCCUCCCGAUGGUCCUCCUGAAAAUGUGCGUGUGGUUGCAACGUCCCCCUAUGGUAUCAAUAUCAGCUGGAGUGAACCUGCUGUCAUAACAGGACCAACAUUCUAUUUGAUUGAUGUCAAAUCGGUAGAUAAUGAUGACUUUAAUAUUUCCUUCGUGAAGUCAAAUGAAGAAAACAAAACAAUAGAAAUUAAUGACUUAAAAGUAUUCACAAGGUAUUCUGUGGUGAUUACGGCAUUUAUUGGAAAUGUUAGUGGGGCAUAUGCAGAAGGGAAGUCAAGUGCUGAAGUGAUAAUUACUACUUUAGAAUCAGUGCCCAAGGACCCACCUAACAAUAUGACAUUUCAGAAGAUACCAGAUGAAGUAACUAAGUUUCAGUUAACAUUCCUUCCACCUUCUCAACCCAAUGGAAAUAUCCAAGGAUAUCAGGCAUUGGUUUACCGAGAAGAUGAUCCGACUGCUGUCCAAAUUCAUAACCUCAGCAUUGUCCAGAAGACAGACACAUCUGUCGUUGCAGUGUUGGAAGGAUUGAAGGGCGGACAUACAUACAACAUCAGCGUUUACGCUAUCAACAGCGCUGGCGCCGGGCCUAAAGUGCAGAUGCGAAUAACCAUGGAUAUUAAAGCUCCAGCACGACCAAAAACCAAGCCAAUUCCUAUCCAUGAUGCCACAGGAAAACUGCUUGUGACGUCAACAACAAUUACAAUCAGAAUGCCAAUAUGCUACUACAAUGACGAUCAUGGACCGAUCAAAAAUGUCCAGGUGCUUGUGGCAGAAACAGGAGCUCAGCAAGACGGAAAUGUGACAAAAUGGUAUGAUGCGUAUUUCAACAAAGCGAGGCCAUAUUUUACAAAUGAAGGAUUCCCUAAUCCCCCAUGUAUAGAGGGAAAGACAAAGUUCAGUGGUAAUGAAGAAAUCUACGUGAUAGGUGCAGAUAAUGCCUGUAUGAUCCCUGGCAAUGAAGAGAAAAUUUGCAAUGGACCUCUGAAACCAAAAAAGCAGUAUUUGUUUAAAUUUAGAGCCACAAAUGUCAUGGGACAAUUUACCGACUCUGAUUACUCUGACCCUAUUAAAACUUUAGGUGAAGGGCUUUCAGAAAGAACCGUAGAGAUCAUCCUGUCAGUCACUUUGUGUAUCCUUUCAAUAAUACUCCUUGGAACAGCUAUUUUUGCCUUUGCAAGAAUUAGACAGAAGCAGAAAGAAGGUGGUACGUACUCUCCUCGGGAGGCAGAGAUUAUUGAUACUAAAUUCAAGCUGGACCAGCUCAUCACGGUGGCAGACUUGGAACUGAAGGACGAGAGAUUAACGCGGCCAAUAAGCAAGAAAUCCUUCCUGCAACACGUCGAAGAGCUUUGCACAAACAACAACCUAAAGUUUCAAGAGGAAUUUUCGGAAUUACCGAAAUUUCUUCAAGAUCUUUCUUCAACUGAUGCUGAUCUCCCUUGGAACAGAGCAAAAAAUCGCUUUCCAAACAUAAAACCAUAUAAUAAUAACAGAGUGAAGCUGAUUGCUGAUGCAAGCAUCCCAGGGUCAGAUUACAUUAAUGCCAGCUAUGUUUCUGGAUACUUAUGUCCAAAUGAGUUUAUUGCUACCCAAGGCCCAUUACCAGGAACAGUUGGAGAUUUUUGGAGAAUGGUAUGGGAAACCAGAGCGAAAACAUUAGUAAUGCUCACACAGUGUUUUGAGAAAGGACGGAUCAGAUGCCAUCAGUAUUGGCCAGAGGACAACAAGCCUGUGACAGUCUUUGGAGACAUAGUGAUUACAAAACUUAUGGAGGACAUUCAGAUCGAUUGGACCAUCAGGGAUCUGAAAAUUGAAAGGCAUGGAGAUUGCAUGACUGUUCGACAAUGUAACUUUACUGGUUGGCCUGAGCAUGGGGUUCCUGAAAACACCACCCCUCUGAUUCACUUUGUGAAGUUGGUGAGAACAAGCAGAGCACAUGACACUACCCCCAUGGUUGUACAUUGCAGCGCUGGGGUUGGAAGAACCGGAGUUUUUAUUGCUCUGGACCACUUAACACAACAUAUAAAUGACCAUGACUUUGUGGACAUCUAUGGACUAGUGGCUGAACUAAGGAGUGAAAGAAUGUGCAUGGUGCAGAACCUGGCACAAUACAUCUUCUUACACCAGUGCAUUCUGGAUCUUUUAUCAAAUAAAGGAAACCAUCAACCCGUCUGCUUUGUUAACUACUCCACACUCCAGAAGAUGGACUCUUUGGAUGCCAUGGAAGGUGAUGUUGAGCUUGAGUGGGAAGAAACUACCAUGUAAAAUUUGGACCGAAGAUCGCAAUUGGAAGACAGAAUUUUCAGAUCCCAGGAGCCAAAAUUACCCCUCUCGCUUCUGAAUUGAACUGGGCAAAGGAAAUCAUCAUGCUUCCCAUGCUCUGCCUCACUAACUGGUUUCACUUUUUGGACAGUUGUAGGACAUGCUCGUAUAAGAUAGUUAUUUGUUUUGUAUAGAAUUAAAUAUUAUGUAUCUAAAAUGUUUAAGGAAAUACAUCAUGCAAGUUAUUUGAGGUCCUCAAUACUUUUUGGAAUAAGCCAAAUAUAAAAUUAUUAUUAUAUUAGCGUUAGGUGUUUCAGUGUGCAUUUUCCCUACGUAUUGGAUUUCAUUUUGAACAAAAGCUGUAAAUGUUAAUUUGGUAGUGUUAUUUUGGCCUCCAGGGUUCUGAUGUUUCUUGUGGAUGACUUCCAAGACUGUCAUAAUGAUCCGUACUUCCAUGCACGCCCCUGUGUUUUGAAUCCUCUGUUUUAUGAGUGUUGAGAUAUCAUCUCAUGAUCCUGAACAGCUGAACAGUAACCCCCUGACACUGCAAUGAUCGUUCAGCCUUUAUUCAGCACACAGUAGCACUCUGAGAAAACUUAAGGCUAUUUAAAUUGUACUGUGAUCUUCAGUUUGCAAAAAAUGAAAGGAAAAUUUCAAAGUGCAAGUUCACAUACGAAGUUAUAGAGAAUCUUUCUGGCCUGCCUACAUUCGCAUACCACCAGGCACAGGUUGUGCCCCUCUUUUGAUUUGAAAUACACAGAGAAUCAAGUGAGUCAGAGUAUUUGCCCACUAGGUUUACACUCAACACCAACAGUUUUAAAGAGUUUCUGAAUAGAAAUGUAUAAAAAUGGCAAUAAAACCAUAUAGUGUGUUGCAAGCUUGUAAACUGAUGAGUGACAUGCUGCUGUGGUGCCAACAGAAAUUCUGUGUAGAUGACAUUGGACUGCCUUUGCUUCAUUCCCAGGAGCCGAUUAUACAAGAGAGUAAAUGGUAGAAUUUAAAGAAAUAAACAAAGUGAAAGCAAAUAAGAUUUUUUUUUAAAUAAAAUCACUUUAACCCCUUUUUCUCUGAGUAAUAAUGUACUUAAUUGAACUGUAUGAAAUUGUUUUUUUCACAAAGUCAUAAUAAAGAAAUGGUAUUCAUGAUUCUACUUCUAAGAUAGGAACUAAAUAUUGUGCUUAUUUUUGCUGAAAUACACAUAUAGAAAAUGUGAUG